AUGUCCGUCUUUGUGAUCGUAGAUGACUCGGACCCCAAUAUCCAAUACCAGCCGACAGUGCCUCAUACACCAGGGGAGUAUACCAAUAGUUCGAGUGAAGCAGGUGGAUGGUUCGUCGCCGGGCUGGGUGAAGUUCCUGAAUUCCUCGUGACAACGUCCGGUUCAGGGAAUGCAUCGUCGUCGAUGAGGUUCGAGUUCAAUGGUACCUCGAUAUCUGUGUUCAGCAGCAUCGCUGGCGGCGACAGAGAUGCCUACGUCGGCACCAACGUUUCCUUCAGCAUCGACGGCUCCAUCGUCUCAACAAACACGUACUCUGUCCCCUCAGAUCACCGAACCCAUGUUCCAAUAUUCGUCUCUCCCACGCUCUCCCCUUCCACACACGUCCUCGAGAUGGAAAUUCUCAGCUCCGCCCCCCGAGGCAACAUCUCCAACAUCUUCUUCGACUACCUCAUCUACAACGCCACAGUCAAUUCGUCGAUGCCCUCGCCCAGUGCGCAGACCAGCUGGCUAUUUGUGGACGAUCAGAGCGAGUGGCUGGAGUAUUCGGGGGAUCCUAACGGCUGGGACACGACUGUUGCGAAUUUCCCGGAGACGCAGACGUUCAAUCUGACGGAUGCGACGUUUAACUCGACCGUGAUGGGUCCUACGAGCAGCGCUUCGACGGUGUCGCUCAACUUUACCGGAGCCUCUAUGAUCCAAGCAUACGGGAUGCUCACCUCCGUCACUGGCCUCUCCCUCGGCACUUACACCUUCGACAACACCUCCCGCUCGCUUAAUGCCCCACCCAUUGGCUACACCAACCCAACGCUCAACUUCAUGCUUCUCAACGUGACCAUUCCUCAGGCUCAGACCGGAGACUACCACACGCUGGAGAUCCAAGCGGGCUCGGCGGGGGCGUUUUAUCUGGACUACCUGUUGCUGAACUCGGGGAGUGCGUUCGUGAGGAAUGAUAUCUCGAACCCGAAUCUGGGAUCGAAUUCGACUGCCGAUGGGAGUUCGAGGACGAAGGGUACGGAUGUUGGUGCGAUUGCGGGAGGUGUCGUUGGUGGUGUCGUAGCGUUGGCUGUUGUUGGACUGGCCAUUUUGUUAUGGCUGCGAAGAGGAAGAAACACGGAUGGCGACUCGAGCGGGCCUUAUCAUGAGGAUCGGUAUGCAACGUUUGGCGACGGAGGUGUCGUGGAUGGACAGGAGCACGGUGUGCCAACGGAGAUGCGUCAGGGCGACAUCACGCCCUUCCUAGCCACCUCUACAUCUAACACCAGGAUCACCCCCACCAAAAAUCCAAUUCACCGCGAAAGCACUCCUAUCGACUCUCAGUCCCGCAAGCUCGAAGACUACAAUCCAUACGAUACCACCCAAACACACACACCCACUUUCUCUCAGGCUAGUGGCUCCGAUUCCCCGUUCACCACUACACGCCAAGGGGAUCCCAGUGGUCCCCCGGGGCUCGCUGCGCCGGCGCCAGUUAUGGAGAGUGAUAGUGGGUUGAGAGGGUUUGGAGAGGAGGUGGCGACGUUGCCGCCUCGGUAUACUCCAGAUUAG